UAUAAAGGCUGCGUCUCGUCGGGUGCCUCACUUUUCGAAGUUCCGUCUUGGCGAUCGCUUACACGGCGCUGUACGAAGACCUCGAGAAUCAUGCCACCGAAGGCAAGCGGCAAAGCUGUGAAGAAGGCCGGCAAGGCCCAGAAGAACAUCAGCAAGACCGACAAGAAGAAGAAGCGCAAGAGGAAGGAGAGCUACGCUAUCUACAUCUAUAAAGUACUGAAGCAAGUGCACCCGGACACCGGUAUCUCCAGCAAAGCUAUGAGCAUAAUGAAUAGCUUUGUCAACGACGUCUUCGAGCGCAUCGCCGCCGAGGCGUCGCGUUUGGCUCACUACAACAAACGCUCGACGAUCACGUCCCGGGAGAUCCAGACCGCCGUCCGACUUCUGCUGCCCGGCGAGCUGGCCAAGCACGCCGUGAGCGAAGGCACGAAGGCUGUCACCAAGUACACCAGCUCCAAGUGAAGCGCUCUUCUUCAGAUAAACGGCCCUUAUCAGGGCCACAAAUUUCCUCUUGCGAUCGGCACUCUCACGGUUCAAAUAUUUCUACUGCAAUCUACGCACGUGUGUACUUUGAAGUUACAGGAUUCUUUGGGGAAAGAGUAUCGAGAUUUAUCUCCCGUAACGGUCUAUUAGAAUAACCCGUGUUUUGUACGGACGGUCUCUUAUUUGCAGUUGCAUUUUUGUACAUUAGGAUAUUUGAUUUAUGUAUGUAACUAUAAAUUCGUCGAUGUAAACUCGGGUAAAUUAAUAAUGUAGAAACGAGUUUAUAAAAUAGACAAAUUGUGCAAGUUCUUCGCC